CGACCCGCUAGGACUGAUGUUACCUUGCCCCACCAACCAGAGAGUAGACCAUGCUGAACCGCCAGUGUAGAUAGGAUCCUGCACAUGUUUCUCCUGAGUUUAUAGAAGAGCACUGAGUUAUGACGGGGAGUAUGUUGACAGCCGAACCUGUCUUUGGUAAUUAGCAAAGUCACAGAAAUCACAGCAUUAGAAAAUCAGUUGAAGAGAAAUAGUUUCGCCUGACAGUUAGUGUGUGGCGAUGGCAACUUCCCGGCGUCCGAUAAAAGGCAUCCUGAAAAACAAGAAUAGCGGGACAGACGUCAAAUCGCUGCCAGAAGACGUACCAGGAGACAGUCCUGAACAAGCCCCUGUGCUCUCGGAAGACGACCAACAGAAGAAGUCCCAGAAAUGGGACGAGAUGAACAUCCUGGCCACGUACCAUCCGGCCGACAAAGACUAUGGCCUGAUGAAGAUCGAUGAACCCAGCACACCUUACAAUAGGAUGGUGGGUGAAGACGAAGAUGAAGGGGCGCUGAGUGACUCGGAAGGCCACAGUGGCCUUGCAGCUGAUGACCUGGCAUCAAAGCUAGUGGCAGCCGAGGGCUCAGAGCCUCGCUUCAUGAAGGAGGAAGAAGAAGAAGACGACGAAGAGAGCAGUGAGGAGGAGGCCGAGGACCUGACUCCUGAAGAGCAAGCCAAAAAGACUCAUUUUCAGAUGAUGAGAAAGAUGCACUACAACGAGGGCCUGAACAUCAAGCUGGCCCGUCAGCUCAUUGCCAGCGAGCUAGAAGAAGAGGAGGAUGAAGACGAAGAGAUGAGGGAUGACACAGAAGAGGCGAGGGAAGACACAGAGGAGACGGAGGAGAUCAGUGUUGACCCGCCACAGGAAGCUGAUUCUCUGGACUCGUAGAUGAGGCUUCUCCCCCACCUUCAGCCCUGUGUGUCGGCUCCAGAUCCAGACAGACUAUACCAAUGCACUCUUGUGAUUUUAAACGCUGGGCCGUACAGCAGACACCGCUUCACCACCGCUAUAACAAACAGCCAUAACCUCCCGGGCACCUGUCUGUCUUCUACUGUUCGUCAGAACUGUGCAAUAUAACCUUCAAACACUCUGGAUUUUAACUCCCAGAAUCAGUUCAACACACAAGAGAAGACUGCUGCUCCCUUCUCCCCUCUCCUGUUGCCAAGAAUUUCCUCUCCUACCUCCUCUGGACUAGCAUCGCACUGAAGAAUUUGUCAUUCUGACCCUGAAAGGAGGAUCAAGGCCAUCUAAAAACAAAACAAAAAAA